CAAUGACAACUAUCAAAUACUGCGACGGCAUGGAAAUAGAACAUGGUUAGCGGCUAUAAACACGUGUUUAGUUAAUUUUUUUAAUAAAGGUGCCUUAGCUUGAAUAUUGAGAAAAUAUAAUCAUAGUUCAAAUCAGAGAAAAUGGGUCGAAAAGCCAAAUUUGACGAGACAAAAAAAGUGAAAAAAGGACCCGGGAGAAAAGCAAGGAAACAACCUGAUCCAGUUUUUAAAAAGGGACUCAUUGAUGACGAUAAAGAAGAGAAAAAACUUAGUCAUAGACAAAAGCAGCGAGCUGCACGGCGACUUAAGAAGAAGAAGGAAUUACUUGAAAAACGUAAAUCAUUGAAGGAAGCUAAAAAGAAUGUAAAAGCGACUAAAAAUAAUGUUGAAGAAGAUGCUGAAAGUGGAUCAGAUGAAGAUACUCCUGCAGGAUUUACUGAUGAUAACAAGGAGUGGUUGAAGCCUAAAAAGAAGGGAAGUGCAAAAGCAAAAGAAUACAAAUCCGACAGUGAUGAAAGUGAUGAAGGUUUAGGAGAUGACGAGGUUAAAGAUGGUACAAGUGAUGAAGAAGCAUCGGAUAGUGAAACGGAAGAACCAGUGAAAACCAAACCUAGUAAAGAAAGUUACAAGGUUGGCACACUAGACGACUUGUUCCAUGACACCGAUGAUGAGCAAGAUGGUACAAUGGGGGAUGAUGACACUGCAGAUUCUAAUAAACUGACAUACGACUCUGAUUCUUCAGCUCAAAAUGAUGAUGAUGACGAUGAUGAUGAUGAUGACAUGUUACCCAUAGAAAAAGCUAAUAUAAAACUGAAAAAGAAACAAAAAGUAGAUAAGAAAUUGGCUGAUGAAGAGAUGCAAUUGAAUAUUGCAAAACAAGACGUUUUUGCAUUCCCAAGUGAAGAUGAAUUACAAAACCCAACAAGUUUGCAAGAUGUCCACCAAAGAAUCAAAGAUGUUGUUUCGGUUUUGGGUGAUUUCAACCGUUUGAAGGAAGAGGGCAGAUCACGAUGUGAAUACACUGAACUCUUACUCAAAGACCUGUGUUUGUAUUACAGCUAUAAUGAAUUCCUCAUGGAAGUCCUUAUGCAAAUAUUUCCAGUACAAGAAUUAGUUGAAUUCUUAGAAGCCAGUGAAGUAGCUAGACCAAUAACAAUAAGGACAAACAGUCUUAAAACCAGAAGAAGAGAUCUUGCUCAAGCUCUUAUCAACAGAGGUGUUAAUUUGGAUCCAGUUGGAAAGUGGAGUAAAGUUGGAUUAGUUGUGUAUAGUUCCACAGUGCCUAUUGGUGCCACUCCAGAAUACCUUGCCGGACACUAUAUUUUGCAAGGUGCAUCAAGUUUUCUUCCUGUUAUGGCCUUAGCACCACAAGAAAAUGAGCGCAUACUUGAUAUGUGUGCCGCGCCAGGCGGGAAAGCAUCCCACAUUGCUGCCAUAAUGAAAAAUACUGGAUCACUUUUUGCUAAUGAUGCAAAUAAGGAAAGAACGAAAGCAGUUGUCGGUAAUUUCCACAGGUUGGGGGUUGUUAAUGCAAUUAUUUGUAAUUACGACGGCAGGCAGUUUCCCGAAGUUAUUAAAGGAUUUGACAGGGUAUUAUUGGACGCUCCAUGUACUGGUACUGGAGUUAUUGCUAAAGAUCCAAGUGUUAAAACCACUAAAGACCAGAAAGAUAUUCAAAGAUGUUUCAAUUUACAAAGGCAGUUAUUGAUGGCAGCAAUAGAUUGUUGUAAUGCUAAAUCAAGUACAGGAGGUUAUAUUGUUUAUUCUACUUGUUCAAUACUGCCUGAAGAAAAUGAAUGGGUGGUUAACUAUGCUCUCAAGAGAAGGAAUGUUAAGUUAGUACCAACUGGCUUAGACUUUGGUACUGAGGGCUUUGUGAAGUACAGACAUCACAGGUUCCAUCCAUCCUUGAAGUUAACUAGAAGGUUCUAUCCCCACACACACAAUAUGGAUGGCUUCUUUGUGGCGAAAUUGAAAAAAUUCUCGAAUGUUAUUCCUGAGCCAGUGAAAGAUGAAGAUGAUGAAGAGGAACCUAAACAAGAGAAUGGAACUGAGGAAAGCCAACAAAAUGGGGAUGUCUCAGCAGAAGAAAAGGAGAUUCAAACAGCUGGUGUUAAAAGAAUGGCAGAUUCAGAUAGUAUGGCAACACAGAAUAAAAAAGCAAAGCCUGCUGAUAAAAGUGCUCCACCUAUAGUUAAAAAUCCACCGCCACCAGAAAAUCAAUCAAAAAAGAAAAAGAACAAAAAGAAAAAAGGAAAACAAAAUGCAGAUAACCAGAUUAAACCGGAAAAUAAAGACGAUUCAAAAGACACUCCAGUGGCCCCAGUAAAGAAAAAUGUCAAAGCACAGGUAGCACAAAAAAAUCAGUCUGAUGGAGACAAAAGCAAAGUAAAUGAAAGUAAACAAGACAGCGCGCCAAAUGCAAAGUCACCUAACAAAAAGAAAAAAAACAAAAAUAAAAAUAAAAAUGAAAAACCACCUACGAAAGAAGUUAAUGUGCCGAAGAAUGAAGCUAAAAUUACAGAGAAAGUAGAAUUAGCUGCUGCUAUGAAGUUAAAAAAUAAAAAUAAAAAGAAUAAGAAGCAGAUUGGAAAAUUGAAUACUAAUAAAGAAGUAAAACAAGACGGGAGGCCAUCUUUUAAGAAAAAUUUCAAAGCCAAGGCUAAGAAAUAGUUGUAAUUGUGAUUAUAAAUUACAUUUUCAAUAAAAUUAUUUUAUUGUA